UCUCCCAUCGCUACUACUCUCAUCCCAUGCACCCACUGGCCCUUCUCUCCUCCUCCACCUUCUCUUUUUUCUUUUUUUUUUUCAGAGAUACAGAUUCCAUCUCUCGCUCACACACUCUCUCUCUUUCUCUCUCUACCACACUAUUGUAGAGAGAGAAACAAACACACACACACACACACAGAGGGAGGACUUGUUAAUUGUAGUGGUGGGUAGUGCUCCUCCAACGUCGAAAGUUCUCAUUCUUACUUCUUUUUUUCCUUUUUCUUUUUUCUUCAGUUUUGCAGACUCACUCACACGUCAUAUUUAUGUGAAGCCAACUGUCAACCGCAACCAGUGCUCAAACCAGUUUCAUGCGCUUGUCACAAUGUAAAGGUGUUUCUGAAUAAAAUGUGCUGCACCUGGAAAGGAACUAAUCUUUUCCACUGAAGUUCUUGCCGACUUUCUCAUCCAAGAAACAGAGAAUGGGUUCGUGGGCAUACUUUGAUCCGGAGUAUGAAACGCUGAGCAUCAGAAUAAAUCCUCCACAGGUUUCUGUGGACAACUCUAGUUGCAAGGAAUGUACUCUGGUCAAGGUUGACAGCAUGAAUAAGCCAGGGAUACUGCUGGAGGUGGUCCAAAUCCUAACUGACCUCGAUCUUAUAAUUACAAAAGCCUACAUUUCGUCUGAUGGCGGGUGGUUUAUGGAUGUAUUUCAUGUCACUGAUCAACAAGGGCAAAAGAUUAGCGACAGCAGGACUAUUGAGCACAUAGAGAAGGCUUUAGGACCCAAGGGCCACACCUCAGGCAUAUUGAAGACUUCACCUGGGAAGAGGGUUGGGGUGAACUCUAUGGGUGACUACACCGCUAUCGAGCUUAUAGGCAGGGACCGCCCUGGUCUCUUGUCGGAGAUCUCAGCCGUGCUCGCCAACCUCCAUAUCAAUGUUGUUGCUGCUGAAGUUUGGACCCAUAACCGGCGCAUAGCAUGUGUUCUUUACGUUAAUGACGAUACUACUAACCGUGCAGUGGAUGAUGAAUCACGGUUAGCAGCUAUGGAGGAGCAGCUCAAAAACCUUCUUCGUGGGUGUGGUAACGAUGAUAAUGCGGGUCAUACUAGUGUCUCCUUGGGUUCCACCCACGUCGAUAGACGGCUCCACCAGCUGUUAUUUUCUGACAGAGACUAUGAAGGUACUUUUGCAGCUACCGAGCCAGACAGUCCUCUUGUACCAAAGGUCACAAUCGAUCGAUGCGAAGAGAAAGAUUACUCGGUCGUAACUGUUAGGUGCAAAGAUAGACCAAAACUCAUGUUUGACAUAGUGUGCACCCUCACGGACCUUCAGUAUGUCGUUUUUCAUGCUACUAUCUCAUCCGACGGCCCCUAUGCCUCACAGGAAUAUUACAUACGUCACAUGGAUGGUUGCACGCUAGAAACGGAAGGAGAGAAAGAAAAGGUCAUCAAGUGUCUCGAAGCAGCAAUUAGACGAAGAAUAAGUGAGGGUCUAAGCUUGGAACUAUGUGCAAAGGACCGAGUCGGGCUGCUCUCAGAAGUCACACGAGUUCUCCGAGAAAAUGGGCUGUCAGUCACAAGAGCAGGCGUGACAACUGUUGGGGAGCAAGCCAUGAACAUAUUCUACGUGAGUGAUGCUUCUGGAAAACCCGUGGAUGGAAAGACCAUCGAAGAAUUACGCAAGGAAAUCGGCCACACGAUGAGGCUUAACGUGAAAAAGGCCCCGACAAAUACCAAAGCACUUGAAGCAAGUGGAUGGGCAAAGACGAGCUUCUUCUUCGGAAGUUUACUGGAGAAGUUCCUCACUUAAGUUUGUACAAAAAGUUUCAACCUGAACACUGCCAAUGAUUCUAUGCUGUUCUGUUUCUGAAGUUCUAUGUUUUGACAUCACUUUGCAAGCUUGUAUAUAUGAUGCAUGGCUCAACUGCAUUCAACAUUACAAGUGAGGUAAAAAAAAAAAAAACCAAGUGCAAUAAAAGGAUGUACAAAUUUGAUUGACA